AGGACCGAGCUCGCGUGACAUCACCUCACUCACAAGCAGGCAGGGCAGGCAGAUCUAUCUAUCCCUUCCUCUUUCCAUUUCCCAAACUCCCUCAACUGAAUUCAUCCAUCGAUCGUUCACACCUCCACACACCGCGCGCGUGUGUCCACCUGCUCCCGAAGCGUGAUGGGCGCCGGGUCGCCGGAGACGGCGGCGGUGGCGGCUCUGCUGGUGAUGGCGGCCGCGCUCGCGGGGGUGGCGGCCGGCGGCGACAUCGUCCACCAGGACGACGACGCGCCCAAGAUACCCGGAUGCUCCAACGACUUCAUGCUGGUAAAAGUCCAAACCUGGGUCAAUAACAGAGAGACUGAUGAAUUUGUUGGUGUUGGUGCUCGAUUUGGCCCCAUAAUAGAAUCAAAGGAAAAGCAUGCGAACCGGACAGGUUUAUUACAAGCCGACCCUUUUGAUUGUUGUGCCCCUCUCAAGGAAAAGGUUGCUGGAGAUGUUUUGUUAGUGCGAAGAGGAGGUUGCAGAUUCACCACAAAAACUAAGAUUGCCGAAGAUGCUGGUGCUUCUGCUAUUAUAAUCAUGAAUAAUCGCCAUGAGCUAUACAAGAUGGUUUGUGAUAAAAAUGAAACAGAUCUAGAUAUAAAUAUACCUGCAGUUCUUCUGCCACAAGAUGCAGGCACCAUUUUACAGGGGCUUCUCUCACUUGGUCAAGUUUCAGUACAGUUGUACUCUCCAGAUCGACCUCUGGUUGAUACGGCAGAGGUAUUUCUUUGGCUUAUGGCUGUCGGUACCAUUCUCUGUGCAUCAUACUGGUCAGCAUGGAGUGCUCGAGAAUCAGUUAUUGAACAAGAAAAGCUUCUAAAGGAUGGCCAUGAAACUUCAGUGAACUUUGAGGCUGGAGGUUCUAGUGGCAUGGUAGAUAUCACCAUGGUGUCGGCAAUAUUGUUUAUUGUGGUUGCAUCGUGCUUUUUGAUAAUGCUUUACAAAUUGAUGUCUCACUGGUUUGUGGAGCUCCUGGUGGUUAUCUUUUGCAUCGGUGGUGUAGAGGGUUUGCAAACAUGUUUGGUGGCUUUAUUGUCAAGAUGGUUCAAACCUGCCGCAGGAUCAUUUGUGAAAGUGCCAUUUUUUGGAGCUGUUUCGUACCUUACAUUGGCAGUUUGUCCAUUUUGCAUUGUCAUUGCUGUUAUAUGGGCUGUUUAUCGCCGUCAGCCCUAUGCUUGGAUUGGGCAAGAUGUUCUUGGUAUUGCACUGAUUGUUACUGUGAUCCAAAUUGUUAGGAUACCUAAUCUUAAGGUGGGGUCUGUUCUUCUCGGUUGUUCCUUUUUGUAUGACAUCUUCUGGGUUUUUAUAUCCAAGAUGUGGUUCCAUGAGAGUGUGAUGAUUGUGGUUGCACGCGGUGAUAAGACUGACGAAGAUGGUGUUCCCAUGCUGUUAAAAAUCCCAAGAAUGUUUGAUCCGUGGGGUGGAUACAGCAUCAUAGGCUUUGGUGAUAUCCUUCUUCCUGGACUGUUGGUUGCUUUUGCGCUCAGGUAUGAUUGGGCUGCCAAGAAAACCCUUCAAUCUGGUUACUUUUUGUGGUCAAUGGUUGCCUAUGGUUCUGGUCUUCUGAUCACAUAUGUCGCGUUGAACCUUAUGGAUGGGCACGGGCAACCAGCUCUUCUGUACAUCGUGCCUUUUACACUUGGCACCUUCAUAUCACUCGGCAAGAAACGGGGCGAGCUCAGAAACCUCUGGACAAGAGGACAACCUCCGAGAAUCUGCACACACACCCAACAUCCCUCGAAGGAGUCCUCCACUGCUGCUGUAACCUCGUCGUAGACUGGCUAACCUUGUAGAGGCGGCGCGGUCAUGGAGAGUUGUACUGAUGUAAAAAGAAAUGUGUUUUAUCGUGGUAUUGUACCAUGGAUUGUCUUUCUGGAGGCGGAAUCGUGACAUCAAAUAUGUACUAAUUAGUACAUUUUGCUAAUUCUAAUUAGGCUCAUAUACUCCAGUAGGAGCUCCUGGUUGUGAGACUGCCUAUUAUGGUUAUCUGUUGUCAUCAGUAGCAUUUAGUAGACGUCCAAUGUGGGUUGUAAUUAGUUACUCAGCUGUAUAUAUAGCUUUCUCGUCGCAUAAAAGGUGAGGGAAGCAUAUGAAUCUAAUCCAUGGCUCUUGAAGCAAUUUCCUGAAA